CCAAAGCAGUAAUGAAAUCAACUCCGUACCCUCUCUUCCGCAACGACCUGUCGUUCUUUCUGUAAACUUAGUCGCGUAGGCUGAUCGAGCGGGGAUAGAAACGAACGACAGUGGAAGAGGGAGGAGGAGUAGCUAGAGAUGGCCGGCCCCGGAAAGUGCUUGCUGGUGACCGGACCUCCUGGUGUGGGCAAAAGCACUUUGGUAAUGAGAGUGUUUGAAACCCUAAAAGCAUCAUAUCCAAACUUAAAAAUUCAGGGUUUCUACACUAGUGAGGUUAGAGAAGGAAGUGAGAGAGUGGGGUUCCAGGUGGUCACGUUGGACGGCCGUACAGCUCCCCUCUCCUCCACCACCAUUUCCAGCCCAGAGUCUUUGAGAUGGCCUACUGUGUGGAAGUACAAAGUCGAUGUUGCAUCGUUUGAGUCACUGGCACUGCCUGAAUUGCAGGUAAGAGAAGAUACUGAUCUAUUCAUCGUUGAUGAAGUUGGGAAGAUGGAGUUAUUCAGUUCAUCGUUCUUCCCUUGUGUUUUAAGGAUUCUGGAGUCCAAUGUCCCGUUUUUGGCCACGGUCCCAAUUCCAAAAUUCGGUCGUGAUAUACCUGCAGUUGCAAGGUUGAAGAAUCAUCCGGGGGCAACAAUGUUUACGCUGAGCAAAAGUAACAGGGAUACUGUUAAAGAAGAGAUAUACUCCCAGUUAGUAGCUUUGUUGAGGAAACAAUAACUAUGGUCGUUAAUCAUCCUCAAUUGUAAGACUUGAAGGAGCUCAUAUGGUAUUUUCAAAAAUAAAUACUCAACUGUGCAUAUCUUCUUUCCGAAA